GUCUCUGUAUCGCCUUCGUCAAGGGUUUCGACGACAAAAACCACCACUGAACCCAAAAAUCUCAAACCUCAAAAAUCAAUUCGAAAAUCAUAAAAAAGCAAGCUUCUUCUUACAGAGAAUUAAACUAAAUUUUCCCCAGAAAAAAUGGGAUCUAGGGUUCCAAUAGAAACCAUCGAAGAAGACGAAGACUUCGAUUGGGAAGCAGCAGUCAAAGAAAUCGACUUGGCUUGUCUAAAAUCCUCAAUUCCAUCUUCUUCAUCUUCAACCCAUUUCACUCCUUUGGCUAAGCCUCUAGCGAAAAGACAAUCUACUCUCGAUCGAUUCAUCGGAAGAACAGAGCAUAAACCGGAGAAUCAAGUUGCUUCAGAGCCUAAUUUUGAUGAAUUUGAUUGUGGUGGUAAUAAUGACAUGAGUCCUUUGGUUAGGAUUGAUCCUGAGACAGCUAAAACUUGGAUUUAUCCAGUGAAUGGGAGUGUUCCUCUUAGAGAUUAUCAGUUUGCUAUCACGAAGACGGCUUUGUUUUCGAAUACGUUGGUGGCUUUGCCUACAGGACUUGGUAAAACACUUAUAGCUGCUGUUGUUAUGUAUAAUUACUUCAGAUGGUUUCCACAAGGUAAAAUUGUUUUUGCAGCACCUUCUAGGCCUCUUGUGAUGCAGCAGAUUGAGGCGUGUCAUAAUAUUGUGGGGAUACCGCAAGAAUGGACUAUUGAUUUGACGGGUCAGACAUGUCCUUCGAAAAGAGCGUUCUUGUGGAAAAGCAAAAGGGUUUUCUUUGUUACUCCACAAGUGUUGGAGAAGGAUAUACAGUCAGGAACAUGUCUUACUAACUACUUGGUUUGCUUGGUGAUCGAUGAGGCACAUCGAGCUUUAGGAAAUUAUUCUUAUUGUGUUGUAGUUCGUGAGUUGAUGGCGGUACCAAUACAGUUGAGAAUACUAGCUCUUACUGCAACUCCUGGAUCAAAGACACAGGCCAUCCAGGGUAUCAUUGACAAUUUACAGAUAUCCACACUUGAAUAUCGAAAUGAGAGUGACCAUGAUGUUUGCCCUUACGUCCACGACAGAAAAUUAGAACUAAUCGAGGUUCCGUUGGGCCAAGAUGCAGAUGAUGUAUCAAAACGUCUAUUAGAUGUUAUACGUCCAUAUGCAGUCAGGCUCAAAAACUUUGGGGUUAAAUUCAAUAGGGAUUAUCAAACUUUAAGUCCACAUGAAGUCCUUAUGGCAAGGGAUACGUUUCGUCAAGCACCUAUACCAGGCCUUCCCCAUGUAAAUCACGGAGUUGUAGAAUCUUGCUUUUCAGCUCUUAUCACUCUUUAUCACAUUCGUAAGCUCCUUUCUAGUCAUGGAAUAAGACCAGCGUAUGAGAUGCUAGAAGAGAAAUUGCAAGAAGGACCAUUCGCUAGGCUGAUGAGUAAGAAUGAAGAUAUUAGGAAGACGAAGCUUUUGAUGCAGCAAAUGUUGUCACAUGGAGCACCAAGCCCAAAACUGUCGAAGAUGCUAGAAAUACUAGUUGAUCAUUUCAAAGUGAAAGAUCCGAGGACAUCACGGGUCAUUAUUUUCUCAAAUUUUAGAGGAAGCGUAAGAGAUAUAAUGGACGCCUUAAGUAAUAUUGGAGAUGUGGUCAAAGCAACUGAGUUUAUUGGUCAAAGUUCAGGUAAGACACUGAAAGGACAGUCGCAAAAAGUUCAGCAGGCAGUUUUGGAGAAAUUUAGAGCUGGUGGGUUCAAUGUUAUUGUUGCAACAUCUAUUGGAGAAGAAGGCUUGGAUAUUAUGGAAGUCGACCUAGUUAUAUGUUUUGAUGCUAAUGUAUCCCCUCUGAGGAUGAUUCAACGGAUGGGAAGAACCGGAAGGAAAAAUAAUGGUCGAGUUGUAGUUCUUGCUUGUGAAGGGUCAGAAAAGAACAGCUAUAUGCGAAAACAAGCAAAUGGACGGGCCAUUAAAAAACACAUGCGGAAUGGAGGAACAAAUAGUUUUAACUUUCAUCCUAGUCCAAGGAUGAUUCCCCAUAUUUAUAAGCCAGAAGUUCAGCAUGUUGAGUUUUCAAUCAAACAAUUCAUUCCACGUGGAAAGAAACUAGAAGAUGAGUAUACCACUGAGACUCCAGCUUUCAAGAAAAAACUUACACCUGCAGAGACGGAUAUGCUCGCCAAAUAUUACGAAACCCAUGAGGAAAAGUUGAGAUUGUCCUUGAUUGCGUUCCCUCACUUCCAGACAUUGCCAUCCAAAGUGCACAAAGUAAUGCAUUCACGUCAAACAGGAUUGUUAAUUGACGCUAUGCAGCAUUUGCUAGAGGCAACUAUUUCAGAGGAGAGUAAAAGUUUCUUCACUGAGGUUGGAGCUCCUUUGGGUGAAAGAGAGGAGUUUGACACAGGUCUGAGGGUUGGUGAUGACCGGAAAGAUUUACCCUCUUUCUGUGAUUUGGAAGUCAACACAUCACAGAGAAACACAAAAAAAAUUGUCGAAUCUCCCACAAGCACCUUAGAGACCACAGAGAAAGAUUAUGAAGAAUCGUCACCCACACACCGUUAUCUUUUCAGUUCUGAAUGUGCAGCCGUUGAUACUCUUGGGAAGGUCUUCGUAAUGCCGGUUCCUCUUUCUUUCUUUUCUAAUCUACCAGCAUCAAACUAUAUGCCUUAUGUAGAAACCGAAAAACAACAAUCUUUCCCAGAGGCAAACCACAUUGACUUUGUUCAUAUAGAUACUUCCACAAAAAUACAGCAAGAUAACAAUAUUUCAUGCAAGUUAAGGCAAAGAUCCUCACCAGAGAGUGCCAAUGAGACACUAGAAACUCCUAGCCUUGUGCAAGGGCACUCCACCGAUGUAGGUAAAGGAGAUGUAGCGAAUUGUGUUGGAGAAAUUGUGUUAUCAUCAGAUGAGGGUGAAGGCUUCGAGCUUAGUCCAAGGCUCACUAAUUUCAUCAAGAGUGGCGUUGUUCCAGAGUCACCCGUCUAUGACCAAGGAGUUGCAGAAGAAGCAAACGGAGAAGAAGACCUUGAUCUUCCUAAGAUUUCUUCACCCAUGAGGUUCAGUAAUGAAUUAGCAGGAGACCCUUCUUUCCCUGGGACAGAUGUUCAACAUAAACGUAGUGAUUAUGACAUUGCGUCGAAGACCAAUGAGAACAGAACUCCCCAAAAGGAGGAUUGUUUGGCCAAUGGAACAGAAUAUUUGGAUGUUUCUCCUGUUCCUGAGGAGUGGAGAACUCCCUUGGCGAAUCUCACAAACACAAACAGCAGUGCUAGCAAAGAUUGGCGGGUGAGUUCUGGAGAGAAGUCAGAAACUCUUCGACAGCCUCGCAAGUUGAAGAGACUACGUAGACUUGGAGAUUGCUCGAGUGCUGCAAAGGAGAAUAAUCCUGCUAUUGCAGAGGCAAACCGUAUAAGAUCGCGUUCUCGCACUGAAAAGCACAUUAGAGGUAAGAAGAAGAUAAGCGUGGAUGAUGAUGCCAGAGCCUUCAUUGACGCAGAAGCGGAGGUCUCUUCGGGAGCAGAGAUGUCUGCUGAUGAGAACGAAGAUAUGACAGGAGAUUCAUUUGAAGAGAGUUUCAUAGAUGAUGGGACAAUGCCUACGGCUAAUACUCAAGUUGAGUCUGGUAGAGUUGACAUGAUGGCCGUAUACAGGUAUAUAGGACCGGAAAUAUCUGUCUUCUGUUUUAUGAUUAACAUAGUCAAUGAGCUUACUAAAAUCGUUAAGGUAUCCUUCCACAGACGUUCUCUUCUCAGCCAGUCACCAUUACCAGCAAGAUUUCGUGAUUUAGCCGCAUCAAGUCUGAGUCCCUAUUCAGCUGGACCCUUGCAGAGAAUAAACGAGAGCAGAAACGACUCAGAUAAAUCAUCGUCUUCUCUUCGAACUCCACAAACAACAAACUCUGAUUCAAACCAGGAUGCAAUGGUGAUAGGAGACUUUUCCGUAGUACAAAUCCCAUCAGAGAGCCGGAAAAGGAAAUUCAGCUUAUGCAACUCGGGGAACGCCCCCGUGAUUAACUUAGAAAGCAAGUUUGCAGCUCAUGCACAAGCCACUGAGAAGGAAAGCCAUGAAGGCAUGAAAAGCAAUGCAGGUGCAUUAGAGCACAAUGAUGAAGACGAUGAUGCAUUCUUCGCGACACUAGACUUUGAUGCCUUGGAAGCACAAGCCACACUGUUAUUGUCGAAGCAGAGGUCAGAAGCAAAAGAGAAAGAACAAGCAACGGUUAUAUUACCUGAUCAAAGCAAUCAUAUGAAUGAUGCUGUGGAGAAAGAGACGCCAUCUUUUGAUCUUGGUCUGUGGUGAUUCUUAUUCUAAUACAUAGAUACUAAGUUAUGCGUAUAGGCUGUUAAAGGAGAUGGUGAUGACGAGUUAGACAAUAGAGCAUAGACAUUUGGAUGUAUGUUUGGUCUGUAUAUUAAGUUUAUGUAUAUCCUAAUUAAGUACAGUGCUUAAGCCAAAUCAGAUGGUUAAAUCAAAGUUUUUGCCUCAAA